UGGGACGUGCGAUGUCGGAAGCCGCCGGCGCUUACCAGACGAGAGGCACAGCGGCCGGUAGCAGGGCUUAGGUUGGGCCGUGAGGUGCUGUGUGGGGCCUGUGGCUGCCCUGUGCGCCGCCCUCCCGCCAAGGGCGCUAGAGCACGACAGCGACCACCCAGGACCAGUUCUGCUGCUACGGAUUCAUAUGCAUUUCAACAGCAACAAAAUAUGAAUAAAUCUUGGGACUGGGACAGACAUGGCCUGUGGAAAUGAGCUCACACAUGGAAAAUUUUGGACCCCAGAUAUUUCUACUCUGUGGUUUUCCAGGAAUUAGCUGUGUGCCAGAGUACUCUGUGCAUUUCCAAGAGCAACAAAAAAUGAAUAAAUCUUACGGGUUGGUGUCAUUUGAGGAUGUGGCUGUGGACUUCACCUGGGAAGAGUGGCAGGAACUGGAUGAUGCUCAGAGAACUUUGUACAGGGAUGUGAUGCUAGAGACCUACAGCAACCUGGUAUUGUUGGGAUGCUACAUUACCAAACCCAAUGUGAUCUUCAAAUCAGAGCAAGAAGCAGAGGCAUGGAUGGUAGAAAAUGCCCCAAACCAGAGCCUACAAGAUCUCCAUAUAGUCAAUAAUCAAAUUGAGAAAAGUCAAGAAAAUCACAGUAAAUACUUGUGGCAAGUUUUAAUCACCGACAGCAAAACAUCAACUGAGGAGAGAGUUAAGUUGGAAAAAACAUUUAAUUUGAGCUCAAACUGUACUUCAAAUCUGAUUAUAAACAGUGAAAACUCUUCAGAAAUUAACAUUGAGAAGUUUAAUGUAUGUAAGUAUGCACUUCCUCCUAGAAAUCCUGAUAAGACGCAUGCUGGAGAGACACCUGAUGACCAAAAUAAAACUGGGAAAUCCCACACACAUUGUGAGCAUCUUAGUCAGAAUAACAAGAUUCAAGUUGGGCAGUACCCUUUUGAAUAUAGUAAACCAGGGAAAGCCUUCAACACAGAGCCAAUAUUAUUGGCACAUAAGAAGCUUCAUUUGGGAGAAACUACCUGUAAAUACAAUGAAUGUGGGAAAGCCUUUUAUAACUCAGCUCUCCUUGACCAAGAGAUAACUCAGGUAUUGAGGAAAACAUUUCAAUGUGAUGUAUGUGGGAAAGUAUUCUAUAAAAAGUCUGAACUCACUAAACAUCAGCAAAUACACACAGCAGAAAAAUCCUACAAAUGUAAAGAAUAUGAUAAAUCCUUCAUGAAGAAGUUAUCUCUUACAGUCCACAAAUGGACACAUACAGGGGAGAAGCUUUAUACAUGUAAUGACUGUGGAAAAACUUUUCACCAGAACUCACUCUUCAGAAGUCGUCAGAGAACUUACACAGGUGCCAAACCAUAUGAAUGUACUGAAUGUAGGAAAUCUUUUUCCCACAACUCAGCCCACCAUAGACAUAAGAGAAUUUAUGCAGGGGAGAGGUCCUAUGAAUGUGAUGAGUGUGGAAAAACCUUUUACCGGAAGUCAGACCUCAGCAAGCAUCAGAGAAUUCACACAGGGGAAAGGCCCUAUAAAUGUAGUGAGUGUGGAAAAACCUUUUACUAUAAGUCACACCUCAGCAGGCAUCAGAGAAUUCACACAGGUGAAAGGCCCUAUAAAUGCAAUGAGUGUGGAAAAACCUUUUACCAGAAGUCAAACCUUAGCAUGCAUCAGGUAAUUCACACAAAGGAGAAGCCUUAUGAAUGUAAUGAGUGUGGAAAAACCUUUCCCCUGAAGUCACUCCUUAGUAUACAUCAGAGAAUUCAUACAGGGGAGAAGCCCUAUGAAUGUAAUGAGUGUGGAAAAGCCUUUCACCGGAAGUCAAUCCUCAGUACACAUCGGAGAAUCCACACAGAUGAGAAACCAUAUGAAUGUAAGGUAUGUAGUAAAUCUUUCUUUUACAAAUCACACCUCAAUAGACAUAAGAGAAUUCACACUGGAGAAAGUCGCUAUGAAUGUAAUGAGUGUGGAAAAACCUUUCCUUGUAAGUCAAACCUCUGUGCACAUCAGAGAACUCACACAGGUGAGAACUAUGAAUGUAAGGAAUGUAGAAAAUCUUACUUCUAUAAAUCACAUCUCAAUAGACAUAAGAGAAUUCACUCAGGUGAAAGCCCCUAUAAAUGCAAUGAGUGCGGAAAAACCUUUCACCAGAAGUCAAUCCUCAGUAUGCAUCAGGUAAUUCACACAAAUGAGAAGCCCUAUGAGUGUAAUCAGUGCGGAAAAGCCUUUUCCCUGAAGUCAGUCCUUAGUAUACAUCAGAGAAUUCAUAUAAGGGGGAAGCUCUAUGAAUGUAAUGAGUGUGGAAAAGCCUUUCACCGGAAGUCAGACCUCAGCAAGCAUCAGAGAAUUCACACAGGGGAAAGGCCCUAUAAAUGUAGUGAGUGUGGAAAAACCUUUUACUAUAAGUCACACCUCAGCAGGCAUCAGAGAAUUCACACAGGUGAAAGGCCCUAUAAAUGCAAUGAGUGUGGAAAAACCUUUUACCAGAAGUCAAACCUUAGCAUGCAUCAGGUAAUUCACACAAAGGAGAAGCCUUAUGAAUGUAAUGAGUGUGGAAAAACCUUUCUCCUGAAGUCAAUCCUUAGUAUACAUCAGAGAAUUCAUACAGGGGAGAAGCCCUAUGAAUGUAAUGAGUGUGGAAAAGCCUUUCACCGGAGGUCAGUCCUCAGUACACAUCAGAGAAUCCACACAGGUGAGAAACCAUAUGACUGUAAGGAACGUGGUAAAUCUUUUUUCUACAAAUCACACCUCAAUAGACCUAAGAGAAUUCACACUGGAGAAAGUCGCUAUGAAUGUAAUGAGUGUGGAAAAACCUUUUACCGGAAGUCAGACCUCAGCAAGCAUCAGAGAAUUCACACAGGGGAAAGGCCCUAUAAAUGUAGUGAGUGUGGAAAAACCUUUUACUAUAAGUCACACCUCAGCAGGCAUCAGAGAAUUCACACAGGUGAAAGGCCCUAUAAAUGCAAUGAGUGUGGAAAAACCUUUUACCAGAAGUCAAACCUUAGCAUGCAUCAGGUAAUUCACACAAAGGAGAAGCCUUAUGAAUGUAAUGAGUGUGGAAAAACCUUUCCCCUGAAGUCAGUCCUUAGUAUACAUCAGAGAAUUCAUACAGGGGAGAAGCCCUAUGAAUGUAAUGAAUGCGGAAAAACCUUUCACCAUAAGUCAAUCCUCAGUACACAUCAGAGAAUCCAUACAGGGGAGAAGCCCUAUGAAUGUAAUGAGUGUGGAAAAGCCUUUCACCGGAAGUCAAUCCUCAGUACACAUCGGAGAAUCCACACAGGUGAGAAACCAUAUGAAUGUAAGGUAUGUAGUAAAUCUUUCUUCUACAAAUCACAUCUCAAUAGACAUAAGAGAAUUCACACUGAAGAAAGUCGCUAUGAAUGUAAUGAGUGUGGAAAAACCUUUCCCUGUAAGUCAAACCUCUGUGCACAUCAGAGAACUCACACAGGUGAGAAACUGUAUGAAUGUAAGGAAUGUAGAAAAUCUUACUUCUAUAAAUCACAUCUCAAUAGACAUAAGAGAAUUCACACAGGUGAAAGGCCCUAUAAAUGCAAUGAGUGUGGAAAAACCUUUUACCAGAAGUCAAACCUUAGCAUGCAUCAGGUAAUUCACACAAAGGAGAAGCCUUAUGAAUGUAAUGAGUGUGGAAAAACCUUUCCCCUGAAGUCAGUCCUUAGUAUACAUCAGAGAAUUCAUACAGGGGAGAAGCCCUAUGAAUGUAAUGAGUGUGGAAAAGCCUUUCACCAUAAGUCAAUCCUCAGUACACAUCGGAGAAUCCAUACAGGGGAGAAGCCCUAUGACUGUAAGGAAUGUAGUAAAUCUUUUUUCUACAAAUCACAUCUCAAUAGACAUAAGAGAAUUCACACUGAAGAAAGUCGCUAUGAAUGUAAUGAGUGUGGAAAAACCUUUCCCUGUAAGUCAAAUCUCAGUGUACAUCAGAGAACUCACACAGGUGAGAAACCAUAUGAAUGUAAGAAAUGUAGAAAAUUUUUCUACUAUAAAUCACAUCUCAAUAGACAUAAGAAAAUUCACAGAUAAGAAAUGAAUGUGAGUGUGGAAAUACCUUUCACUGUAAGUCAAACCUCAGUACACAUCAGAGAAUUCACAUAGGUGAGAAGUCAUAUGAAUGUAACACAUGUAGAAAAUCUUAUACCGCAAGUCACAUGUCAGUAGACAUGAGAAAAUUCACAUAGGAAAAGACCAAUGGAUUUAAUGUAUGUGAAAAUACUUUUCCCUACAAAUCACACCUGAGUAAGCAUCAGAGAAGACAAACAAAAGUGAUGGCCUAUAAAUGUACAGCUGCUUUUUGGUUACCACAGGGGAUGGGUUCCAGGACUUCUCCGUCAUGCCAAAGGCUGUGAAUGCUUAAGUCUUAUAUAAUGUGGCAUAGUAUUUUUGUAACAUUGUGCUGUUUAAUUAACA